GCCCAGCCUUACUGAGGAAGCUCAACCUGUCAAACUGGGUGGCGGAAAUAGUAACGCUGCUCAUUCGUAAGUCUGUGAGGAUGAAUAGAUUUUAAUGUGCAGGUGGAUACCGGCUGGACAGGUGUGGAGGGGCACGGCUUCAGAUGACAAGUACAGGUACGGUGUCGCAUUCCGGAACAGGUAAGAAGGCCACCAGCACAGCAACGGGACAAUCACAGCACCAGCCAUGACGCGAAGAAACUUCUUCGGACUCUUUCGGAAACUGACACACGGACCUAAGUACACCCUCGUCGAUAAUGAAGCGCAUAAUCACACGCAGAAUGAAGAGCUUGAGGAACUUAAAGUGCUGAAGAAUGAUGAUUCAGUUAUCGCAGUACCUGUGAAAGAAGCCAGUUUGAAAAGUAUAGAAGAACUAGCCAGUGAUUUACAGGUUGAUUUACAUGAGGGGCUUUCCCAUUUCUCGGUUCUUGAAAGGAGAAAAAAGCAUGGCUUGAAUGAAUUUAUGGUGGAUAACAAUGAGCCAAUCUGGAAAAAAUACCUGAGUCAGUUCAAGAAUCCUCUCAUUCUCCUGCUGUUCUGUUCCGCUCUAAUCAGUAUCAUCACCAAGGAGUAUGAAGAUGCAAUCAGUAUAACAAUGGCUAUCAUUAUUGUUGUAACAGUGGCCUUUCUUCAAGAGUACCGCUCUGAAAAAUCAUUAGAGGAACUGAACAAGUUGGUGCCACCUGAAUGCAAUUGCAUACGUGAAAAUGAUGUGUUACAUAUGCUAGCUAGGGAGCUGGUGCCCGGAGAUAUUGUGAACAUUUCUGUUGGUGACAGAGUCCCUGCUGACAUUCGGCUAAUAGAGGCUGUUGAUUUGCUAAUUGAUGAAUCAAGCUUCACAGGAGAGGUUGAACCAUGCUCAAAAACAUGUCUUACCCUCUCACAAUAUGGAGAACAGACAUCCCCCUCCAACAUUGCAUUUAUGGGCACCUUGGUUCGUUAUGGAAAUGGAAGGGGUAUUGUAAUUGGAACUGGAGAACAGUCUCAAUUUGGAGAGGUAUUUAAAAUGAUGCAGAUGGAGGAGACUCCCAAGACCCCAUUGCAGAAAAGCAUGGACAAAUUGGGAAAACAGCUUUCCAUCUUCUCAUUUAUCAUUAUUGGCAUCAUUAUGCUGAUAGGCUGGCUUCAAGGGAAAGCUCUCCUUAAUAUGUUCACCAUUGGUGUAAGCCUGGCAGUUGCUGCUAUUCCAGAAGGUCUACCGAUUGUUGUCACUGUAACUUUGGCUCUGGGUGUGAUGAGAAUGGCAAAGAAGAGGGCUAUUGUCAAGAAACUUCCUAUUGUUGAAACAUUAGGCUGCUGCAAUGUGAUUUGUUCUGACAAAACGGGCACAUUAACAGCCAAUGAGAUGACUGCUACACGACUGUUUACAGCUGAUGGUGUACAUGCUGAGGUGACAGGAGUGGGAUAUAAGAAGAAUGGUGCAGUUUUAAUCAUGCCGGGAGGGGAGGUUGCUAAAGGAUUCUCCAAUGUUUCACUUGGGAAACUAGUAGAGGCUGGCAGUGUCUGCAAUAACGCUCUUGUUAAGGAUGGAGUUUUGAUGGGACAGCCAACUGAAGGAGCCCUAAUUACACUUGCAAUGAAGAUGGAUAUUGAUGCUGUUAAGGAUUGCUACAUCAGAAUUAAAGAGUUUCCUUUUAGCUCUGAACAGAAAUGGAUGGCAGUGAAAUGUUCAAGCAAGAGUCAGGAAGCAGAUGAGAAGUAUUUCAUGAAAGGUGCUUUUGAAGGUGUGAUUGAAUAUUGCAGUGAUUAUAACAGCAGUGGACUACCUGUUCCCCUUACACCUCAGAUAAAGACUGUGUACAUAAAUGAAGAGAAGAGGCUUGGCAGAUUGGGGCUGCGGGUCUUAGCACUAGCUUCUGGACCAGAAUUGGGAAGACUAUCUUUUCUUGGUCUCAUUGGCAUUAUCGACCCACCCAAAGAAGGUGUUAAAGAAGCUAUUGAUAUGCUGCAUCAGUCUGGAGUGUCAGUGAAAAUGAUCACAGGAGAUGCCAGAGAAACUGCAGUUGCAAUAGGAGAAAAUGUAGGAAUUUGUAAAACAAGUGCUGUGACAAUGUCUGGAGAAGAACUUGAAAAGCUGGAAGAUGCUGAACUUAUCUCCAAGAUUACUAAGGUGUCUGUAUUCUACAGGACAAAUCCAAAGCACAAAUUGAAAAUUAUUAAGACCUUGCAAAAAAAUAAUGCCAUUGUGGGAAUGACAGGUGAUGGUGUCAAUGAUGCCAUUGCCUUGAAAUCUGCUGAUAUUGGAGUAGCAAUGGGCUGCACUGGAACAGACGUCAGCAAAGAGGCAGCAGACAUGAUUCUGGUGAAUGAUGAUGUCUCGACAAUAUUGUCUGCCAUUGAAGAAGGGAAAGGAAUAUUCCACAACAUUAAAAACUUUGUCAGAUUCCAGCUUAGCACGAGUAUCGCUGCACUCAGUUUGAUUACACUGUCAACGGUGUUCAAUUUGCCAAAUCCCCUGAAUGCCAUGCAGAUUUUGUGGAUCAACAUCAUCAUGGAUGGUCCUCCUGCACAAAGUUUGGGUGUUGAGCCUGUUGCCAGUGACGCUAUUAAGCGCCGUCCUAGAAACAUUCAAGACACUAUUCUCAGCAAAAUAUUGAUCUUGAAGAUACUCAUCUCUGCUGUCAUCAUCAUCGGAGGAACUCUCUUUAUCUUCUGGACUGAAAUUCCAGAAGAUGGCAAAGUCACACCAAGAACAACCACAAUGACUUUUACGUGUUUUGUCUUCUUUGAUAUGUUCAAUGCAUUGACCUGCCGCUCCCAGACACAGCCCAUCUAUGAAAUAGGUUUCUUCCGGAAUCACUUCUUCCUUUAUGCAGUGAUUGGAUCCAUUUUGGGACAGAUGGCUGUGAUUUAUAUACCACCAUUGCAAAAAAUCUUCCAAACAGAAAGUCUUAAGCCCUUAGAUCUGUUGCUGUUAACCGGAUUGGCCUCCACCGUGUUCGUCAUAUCAGAGCUGAUUAAAAUAUUAGAGAGAUUUGUACUAUUCUGCAAACACAAAAACCUCAGCAAAACCACUGAGCAAGUGUGAUGGAUUAAAAUAUUAUUCAUUCCAUUUACUUAGAACUGAAAAGCACACUUGCUGGAUAAUCAUGGAAACAAAUGUGAAAAGACUGGAGUUGUUCUGUAUACCUGCUGCCCAUGCAAAUACUCUGCUGACAAUCUGCAUCUUUCUUUUCCACACCUUUCAAAGAAAAAGAAAAUGGUGCAUUUGCUUUUAAUAAAUGACACACCUGAAGAAUCAAAAAAGGAAGAAGAUAAAAAAAUACAGAAGUUGAAACAAAUAAACAAAGAAAAUUGAUGCUUUUGGACCUGCUUUUCAGGCUAAAGUUCUAUCUGGCAGGAUGUUGUCCCCACUUCCAUUCACAUCCUGCUACCAUAUCAAGAGAUUCACCCUGUCCAUCCUGUCUCUGUCUUGUAUCUUCAUCCUCCUUGUCAGUGCUUCACACACCUCACUUCUCAUUUCUGAGCUCAAUCAGCUUUAACUCCCGUUCAUGGGGAUGGAGUGUGCCUCCUGGCAGUCCCUGAGCAGUGAAGUGCCAUUAUAGGCCUAAGCCUAGGAAGUAGCUACUGGACUGAUGACUUUCUGUCUUGGAAAACAAAAUAAUACAUUUCCUGAUAUUGUGAUGCCAUCUUCUAUCCUGGAGGCAGUUAUACAGUGAGGUAUUCAUACCAUAUGCUGUUCUUUUAGUGUUCCUGGAGGAGUACUAUAGGCUACCUCCUGUACCACAAUGUACCUCUCGCAUGGGUACUCCCAGAUUAUUUUAUAUAGCACUCUCUAUGAAACCUGUUCCUAAAACUACGUUUGGCCUUACCAUCCCAAAACACUGGCAUAUAUUAGUAUUGCGCUCUCAGUGUCAGUUGUUCCUUGUAUUUGGGCCUUGAAAGACACCAUCCCCAUACUGUUGUAUCCUUACCAUAUAUAAGAGUAUAAUGCAAAAAGCACAGAUAUUGCUAUUAUUUCCUUUUUAUACAUUUACCUUCAAAAUGAGGAGGGGUCAGACUGCACACAUUUAUGCUUUAAAGGAACACUCCACCAAAAAAUUAUUUUUUUUUAUGUUACUUUUAUAGUGAUAUCCAUGUUAUUAAGCAAAAUGGAAAGAAAACAUUUUAUGAUAAAAAUAGAAGGCAAUAGUGACCAGUGUUGUACAUUGGAAAAAAAUGUAAAAAACAUUCAUGGAAAGAAGAGAAGAAGUCUCAUGUAAGUUUGUUCCACAUAAUUCACGUUAGUUAUCCAGUUGUCUUCUCAAAACAUACAAAAUGAACGCUUUUGUGCUAAAAUAUUGUUAUAUAGUUACUUCCAGAUCUAGCACUCAUUAUAAACAUUACACUACAUGUUCAUGGGAUUGACUUUUAAAACUGAAGACAAGACUCUUAACCAAUGAAUAAGGUGAUGAGGCAGGUCUUCGGUUCAAAAUGUCAAUCCUAUGAGCCUUUACAACAACAACAACAUUUAUUUCUAUAGCCCAUUUUCAUACAAACAAUGUAGCUCAAAGUGGUUUACAUGAUGAAGAAAGAGAAAAAAGACAAAAUAAAUAAUUAAAAUUAGGUAACACUAAUUAACAUGGAAUAAAAGUAAGGUCUGAUGGCCAGGGAGGACAGAAAAAAACAAACAAAAAAAACUCCAGACGGCUGGAGAAAAGAAAUGGCCUUUAAUCCAUCAAUGUAGGGACAUCACGGUGCUUUGAUUAGGUGUUGGUGGUGCAGAUCACCACCACAGAAAACCGGAGAAAAAACAGAAGAGAAAGUAGGGGUUAGUACGGAUUUUGGAGCCACCAUGAAUAAUAAUGAUAAUUAAUUGAAUAUAAUUCAAUUAAUCCAGAGUAUCAGGAUUUAACUAAAAUGAAGCUAUGAAAAGACAUGUUAAAGUAAUGUGUUUUCAGCAGUUUUUUUAAAAGUGCUCCACUGUAUUAGCCUGGCAAAUUCCUAUUGGCAAGCUAUUCCAGAUUUUGGGUGCAUAACAACAGAAACCCGCCUCACCAGUCCUUUUAAGUUUAGCUCUUGGAAUUCUAAGCAGACGCUCAUUUGAGGAUCUAAGGUUACGAUUUCGAGUUUAAGGUGUAAGACAUUCUGAAAUAUAAGAUGGAGCGAGAUUAUUUAAGGCUUUGUAAACCAUAAGCAGUAUUUUGAAGUCAAUUCUAAAUGGCACAGGUAACAAUGUAGUGACAUUAAAACUGGGGUGAUGUGCUCGGAUUUUGUUUUCUGAGUUGUGAUUCUAGCAGCUGCAUUCUGCACUAGUUGCAAUCGAUUUAUGUCUUUUUUUGGUAGUCCUGAGAGGAGUGCGGUUACAGUAAUCUAGCCGACUGAAAACAAAAGCAUGAACUAAUUUUUCAGCAUCUUGCAAUGUUAUAAGAGGUCUAACUUUUGCAAUAUUUCUUAAGUGAGAAAAUGCUGUCCUAGUGAUCUGAUUAAUAUGUGAUUUAAAAUUCAGGUCAGAGUCAAUAAUUACCCCUAAAUUCUUUACCUCCAUCUUGACUUUUAAUCCCAAUGAAUCAAGUUUAUUUCUAAUAACCUCAUUAUAUCCAUUAUUGACAAUUACUAAAAUUUCUGUUUUCUCUCUAUUUAGUUUGAG